GCUCAUCCUUACCCACUCUCCUGCACACUGAGCACUUCUUCUAACCCACAUCCUAUAACCCUGCUGUGCUUUCCCUUGGCUGUCACUGAGAGCUGGAGGCAGUGUACAGGUUGCACAGGCAGAUUUUUUUACAGAUAGUGCAUACCUGGCUGGGCUACAGGCAUUGUUUGCUGCAUGCUCACGGAUACAUUGUUUGCUGCAUGCUCUGACAAGCAACUAGCCUCACACCCCCUCUGUUUGCGCGUUCUAUUUUUUUAGUUUGACGCUUUGCUGGUUACUUUGUUUCUUAGAACGUUCAUGACACCGGACAAGGCAGCAGAAUCUCGAUUUGCAUUGGUUUCAAAGCUUUCCCUGGCGCCUGAGUGGAGGGAGGAAAGUGAAAGUGAAGCCAGAGGAAGAUAAAAUAAAUCUCUCCAGAUAAUAAGGCAGUAAGGAGGGCUGGGCUGUGACCCUGCUGCGUGUAGAGAGGUGGGGAGGAGGAGGAGAGGGGCUGAGGGUGAAGGAGGAGGGCAGGCACCGCAUCCUCCCCAGGCUCAGGUUAGGAGCUGCCCCGCGCCCUUGUUCUCCGGGCUCCCGCCGCCGUCGCCGCCUGUGCUUCUGCCUGUCCCUGCGCUGCUGCGCGGCACCCAGCACCCCGACCCUGCACCACCACAGGAGAAAAGCCAGGGGAGGCGGAGGGAUGGCCACCACUACCUGCACUCGCUUCACGGAUGAGUACCAGCUGUUCGAGGAGCUCGGAAAGGGAGCCUUCUCUGUGGUGAGAAGAUGCAUGAAGAUUACAUCAGGACAAGAGUAUGCUGCCAAAAUUAUUAACACCAAAAAGCUCUCUGCCAGAGAUCACCAGAAAUUGGAACGCGAAGCUAGAAUCUGCCGCCUUCUAAAACAUCCUAAUAUUGUUCGACUCCACGACAGUAUAUCAGAAGAAGGAUACCAUUACCUAGUCUUUGACUUAGUUACUGGUGGGGAACUAUUUGAAGAUAUAGUAGCGCGGGAAUACUAUAGUGAAGCAGAUGCCAGUCAUUGCAUUCAGCAGAUCCUGGAGGCUGUGCUUCACUGCCAUCAGAUGGGCGUAGUCCAUCGAGAUCUAAAGCCUGAAAACUUGCUGUUAGCUAGCAAGUCAAAGGGUGCUGCGGUGAAACUAGCAGAUUUUGGCUUAGCGAUUGAAGUUCAAGGGGAUCAGCAGGCAUGGUUUGGUUUUGCUGGCACCCCUGGAUAUCUUUCUCCAGAAGUAUUACGAAAGGAUCCUUAUGGAAAACCGGUGGACAUGUGGGCUUGUGGUGUCAUUCUUUAUAUUCUUCUGGUGGGGUACCCACCUUUCUGGGAUGAGGACCAACACAGGCUGUAUCAGCAGAUUAAAGCUGGUGCUUAUGAUUUUCCAUCACCAGAAUGGGAUACGGUGACCCCUGAAGCUAAAGACCUCAUUAAUAAAAUGCUCACAAUUAAUCCAGCCAAACGAAUUACCGCUGCAGAAGCACUGAAACAUCCAUGGAUCUGUCAACGCUCCACUGUUGCUUCAAUGAUGCACAGGCAGGAAACUGUAGACUGCUUGAAGAAAUUUAAUGCAAGACGAAAGCUGAAGGGAGCUAUACUGACCACCAUGCUAGCAACCAGAAACUUCUCAGCAGCAAGAAGUUUAUUGAAGAAACCAGAUGGAGUCAAGAAAAGGAAGUCCAGUUCGUGUGUUCAGAUGAUGAUAAACAACAAAACCAACGUAAUAACGAGUGCUAAAGAUUCCACUCCGCCUCUGGAGCCCCAAACUACAGUUAUCCACAACCCUGCUGAUGGAAAUAAGGAAUCGACUGAGAGUACAAAUACCACCAUUGAAGAUGAAGAUGUGAAAGCUCGCAAACAGGAAAUUAUCAAAGUUACUGAACAGUUAAUUGAAGCUAUAAACAAUGGUGAAUUUGAAGCAUAUACAAAGAUUUGUGACCCAGGCCUUACAUCAUUUGAACCUGAAGCUCUAGGAAACCUGGUAGAAGGAAUGGAUUUCCAUAGGUUCUACUUUGAAAAUGCUUUAUCGAAAAGCAACAAGCCAAUCCACACUAUCAUCUUAAACCCACACGUUCACCUUAUUGGGGAAGAUGCUGCCUGCAUAGCUUAUAUCCGUCUUACUCAGUACAUGGAUAGUUCUGGAAUGCCAAAGACCAUGCAGUCUGAAGAGACCCGGGUCUGGCACCGCCGUGAUGGAAAAUGGCAGAAUGUACAUUUCCACCGCUCUGGCUCGCCAACUAUACCCGCCAACUAACUAACUAGAAGCCUUUUAUCAUAGAACACUCAAGACAACUGGAUGGUAACUCCUACACAAACUGUGUCCUUUCCAUUGUGUCCUGACCACAAACCUUUAUUAAGGCACAAGAAGUCUCUCUGUAAUGCUUUUGCGUAGUGAUAUAUUUAUUUUUCAUUAAGCACAGAUUAACAUUUUAUUACUCUUCCAAUAGAACACUGAUACAAAUUAUUUGCUUAAGUGCAGAAGAAAACAAAAUAUAUAUUUUUGCCUAACCUACAUUAUGUAAGAUUUUGCCAAGUCUCCACAUGCCUAGGUUAAUCAAUUUACAUAUUUUUUUUA